AUGAAACAGAAAAGACCAAAUUUAAAAAGCAAAAUUUAUGAAAAACUUAAUUCAGAGGAUGUGAAAAGCUUUUGGAGAUUUUUUGGCGAGUUUAUUACAAAAUCAAGCAUUCACGGAGUGAAAUAUAUUUGUGAUUCAAGUCUUCAUCCAUUUGAAAGAGUUUUCUGGUUCAUUAUUUUGUUGCUAACAUGUUGGGGAGCUUACAAAAUUGGCAUGACACAAUAUUCAAGAUUUGCUGCUAAUCCAACUGUUAUAUCGCUUGAAAAAGACUAUCGGCAAUGGAAUGGAACUUUGCCAUCAUUAACUGUUUGCUAUCAUAACAGAAUAAACGAAUCAAAAGCUCAAGAUUUAAUCAAACGUUUGUGGGGUUACGAACAGGAUGACGAGGAAUAUUCAUAUUUUUUCAAUUACAUUCAAGCUGUUGUGAACGUCAAUGAGUCGUUUUCGAAAUUCAAUCGCUUCGCAAAUGACAAGAGACUUGAAUACAUCAACAUGUUGACAAUAGCUAAAGAAGUUCAUCCACUGAUCAACAGCAUCGUAUCAAGUUACGAUACACUUGUUGAAUUUAAAAUGAAUGAAAUCAUUACUGAGAAAGGGAUUUGCUACAACGUCAAUUCAAUUGCUUGGCACAUGAUAAGCACAUUGUAUAUUGCAAUUCAUUCACCACUUGAAAUUCCAUCUGACAAGACGCCUUUCUUUAGCAUCGGAAUGACUGACGAGAUAGAAUCAACUUAUAACAUGCUCGAGACAAUGUUUAAUAAGCGCAGAUCAAGUGAUGCUUUGAGAACAUUGAAUGUUAUUCAAAGAAAAUGUAUCUUUAAUGACGAAUCAAUUGAACAGCUUUUGAUCUACAGUUAUGGAGGUUUGAUUAUUUGUUUAAUAACUUGCUCAUUAGUUUGUCGUGCAAAAGAAGCUUUAAGACUUUGUGGAUGUCGACCAUACUUCUAUCCUUUUGUUAAUGGAACUUCAUGUUCACCAGCUGGUUUGCUUUGUCUUGACGUCAAGAAAUGGAGAAAUAGAAUUGUUUCAUGUGCAUGCCCAAAAACAUGCGUCGAAAUUGUUUAUACUCAAAAUAGUUUAAAAAAGAUCAAUUGGGCUGCUGAUGGCGGAAUUCCAUUCACACAGAAAUCAUCAUUUCGCUAUGAAAUUCUAGCACCACGAGCACGACUACGACGAGAUGUUUUGUUUAGUUUAGAUGACUUAAUUGUGUCAUUUGGGGCCGUUGGAGCACUUUUUCUCGGUUACAAUUUUAGGGAUCAAGCGGUCAUGAUUUACUUUCUCAUCAAAUCAGUUAUAGAAUUUGUGUACAUCCGAUGUAUUAAGCAGUGA